AUGGUUCAGCAUCUGGGGCUCUAUAAGUCUAUUUUUCAAGGCCAAUUCACUCUGGCCUCUAAUGAGUCCUCCAUAAGGAAGUUCGAACGGGAAAGUAACGGCUUCUCUACCGUCCAACAUACGGUGAUCGUAGGUCAAAGCAAUGUACAUCAUUGGACGAAUCUCAACCUUGCCGUUCACAGCAACAGGACGUUCCUUGAUUCCGUGCAAUCCAAGAACAGCAGUCUGUGGCAUGUUAAUAAUAGGGGUACCAUAAAGCGAUCCGAAAACACCUCCGUUGGAGAUGGUGAAAGUUCCUCCGGUCAUAUCUUCCAAAGUCAGCUUUCCGUCACGGGCACGCACACCAAGCUGAGCAAUGGAGUCCUCGAUCUCCAAAACAGACAAGCUCUCGGCGUUUCUAACGAUAGGAGUGACCAAUCCCUUAGGAGUGGCAACGGCAAUCGAGAUAUCAACGUAGUCUCUAAACACCAUGGUGUCGUUGUUCUCGAUGGCAGCGUUAACUGCUGGAAUGGACUUCAUGGCCAAAGUACUGGCCUUGGAGAAAGCACCCAUGAAACCAAACUUGAUACCAGUGUUCUUUAA